UGGCUGGAGGGGGGUGAAGACUGAAGAGUGUGCUGUGUUAUCCAUUUCUCCCCUUGUCUCUCUGCUGUGCUCGCUCCCUUCACUCUCUGGCGGGGAACGCCGCCGCCGGCCGCUCCUCCAGGGCAUCCCAGCUCGAUCCCAUUCGUUAGGUAUGGCGGCCGGGAGUGCCAGCGCCACAGCGUCGCUCUCCGUCGCGGCGGCGGCGGCGGCUGCUCUGCGCGUCAGGCGGCCGUGCGCGCGCGCUCGCGCUUGGGCCCCCUCGCAGCCGACGCAACAAGGGUCCCUCCUCAGGCUCAAGCCUUGCGCCUCACUGGCGCCGCAUGCUCCCGUGUGGCGGGCGGAGUCGGAUGGCGCGGGCGGUGGGGCAGGCGCCGGCGACGUCAUGGGUCUCCUCCUCCGGGAGCGCAUCGUCUUCCUCGGCAACGAGAUCGAGGACUUCCUCGCGGACGCCGUCGUCAGCCAGCUCCUCCUCCUCGACGCCAUCGACCCGGACUCCGACAUCCGUCUUUUCGUCAACUCGUCAGGGGGGUCCCUUAGUGCAACAAUGGCCAUCUAUGAUGUAAUGCAGCUUGUGAGGGCAGAUGUCUCCACUAUUGGAUUGGGCAUAGCUGGAUCAACAGCUUCUAUAAUCCUUGGUGGUGGAACAAAGGGCAAGCGAUUUGCCAUGCCCAACACCAGGAUUAUGAUCCAUCAGCCUGUGGGAGGUGCAAGUGGGCAGGCCUUAGAUGUAGAGGUCCAAGCCAAGGAGAUACUGGCUAACAAGAGGAACGUCAUUCGGCUCGUAUCAGGCUUCACGGGCCGCACUCUGGAGCAGGUUGAGAAAGACAUUGACCGAGACCGUUACAUGGGUCCUCUUGAGGCUGUUGAUUAUGGACUCAUCGAUGGUGUGAUUGAUGGAGACAGUAUCAUCCCACUUGAGCCGGUCCCAGAGAGGGUGAAGCCUAAGUACAACUACGAAGAGAUGUACAAGGUUCCGCAGAAGUUUCUUACACCAGAUGUCCCGGAUGAUGAAAUAUACUAGUUUAAAAGUUGUGUUUUGCGCCAAUCUGAAGCUUGUUCUUCAGCAACCAGUUUCUUUUGAUUACCUGUAGCUGUCAAACAAAUCCUACCACUAGCUGUAGCUUAUUGAUCUGGUUCGCUGCCUAUGUUACUGUCUGAAUGUUGAUUUUGAGCAGGCAGCUAGGCCUGUUGGUUGUGUUAUGGCAUUGCAUGUUUCUGGUGA